AUGGUUCACGCCGGAAAUGUAGAAGGUUUUGUACCAAAUUCGUUGUUAACAUACAGAGCAGAGAUCAAAUCCGGAGACUACCAUGACAACAUGAACACAGAAAAUUAUCUAAAGUGGUUAAAGGAGAAACUAAUACCAAAUCUCCCAAAUGAUGCCGUUAUAGUUUUAGACAAUGCAGCCUAUGAUUACUCUACUUCGGAAAUACCAACAUCUAAAUCCAAUAAAUUAGACACGCAGACUUGCCUGAACGCAAAUAAUAUCUAUUUUGAACCAAGCUUCUAA